AGAUCUCAGCCGUUAAAAAUCAAAACCCGCAAAAAGAAGCAAAUCGAACGAAGAACUCUCACGCGUGCCGCACAUGCGAUUCCGUCACGAGAAGCGUCCAUUUCGAUGCGCCUGUCUCGUGUCUCAUCCGUCUCCUUCUCCUUCUUUACUCCUCCCCCCCAAUUCCCAAACCCUAACAAAUCUGAUCUUCCAAAAAAAUCGCCUUCUUCUGUUCCUCUGAGCAAAUAAGUUCACAAAUGGCGGAUUGGGGCCCGGUGGUCAUAGCGGUGUUGCUCUUCGUUUUAUUGACCCCAGGACUGUUGUUUCAGAUUCCUGGCAAGAACAGAGUGGUUGAGUUCGGGAACAUGCAGACUAGCGGUGCUUCCAUUCUUGUUCACGCAAUCAUCUACUUCGGCCUCAUCACCAUCUUCUUAAUCGCCAUUGGUGUGCACAUCUACACUGGCUGAUUUUAUUAUCGAUCAUUUCUUUACCAGUUGUAUUAAUUCUACGAUGCCCUUGUUUUAUUUCGACCUUGCAUAUAGAAUUCAUCCGUUUUUGUAUCUGUUAUUCCGAUGCUUCUCUCAGUUACCCUCUACUUAAUGAUUCGUUUUCUAGCUUUGUCCUCCUUGAUCUGAAUCUGUAUCUCAUUUUGUCUUAACUAGCUUUGUGGAGCGAUGUAAUUGUGUAACGUGAUUGAAGACUUUGAUUAUUAGGUGUUUGCUUUCUUAUUGUUUGAUUUGAUUAGACGAACAUUAUCUUCAACGACGGAUUUCGUCAUUUUCCCCCUUGAA